AUGGCACGCGUUCAACAAAUCAUCUUGUUUGGCGAUCAAACCGAAGACUUCGGCUCGCUACGACCUCUACUCACUCCCAAUCGAGCAACCCUCCUAGAAAGCUUCCUUCAGAAUGCCGUCCGAGGGCUGCGAACAGAGAUUGCCUUCCUGCCACUCCAGGACCGCCAACAAUACCCCUAUUUCCCCACAGUGGCCAGUGUUUUGGAUUGGAGGAUCCGGCAACAGAAGGCUUAUCCUGCCAUUGAUAGCGCUCUGACUUGCAUCAACCAGCUGGCCCAGUUCAUCCAGCAAGUGCCCCCAGCCCAGAGCACCGCCAGUACUUACAUCAACCCUUCAAACACUAUCAUCGGUGGUCUUUGUCUAGGCUCUUUGUCUGCCGCCGCCACCAUCCAAGUAGCGUUCCGGACGGGCUUGCACGUUUCGCAAGUCGGACGAGCCAUUGAUCAAUCUACCACGGAAUCAUGGUCUCUAGUAGUCGCUACUCGAUCACCGGAUGACAUUUUGCAUCGAAUUGAUCGGUUCACAGAAACACAGCAUCUACCUCUACAUGCUCGGCCAUAUAUCAGUGCAUAUCUGCCACAUGCUGUAACCAUCAGUGGACCACCAACCAGUCUGAAGAGUCUGCAAGAGUCUACUGAAUUUGCUACUCUUUCUCCACGGACCAUCCCCAUCUUUGCUCCAUAUCACUCAGCUUCCCUCUUCACUCAAAGCGACUCUGAUGUUAUCCUGGAAGGCUUGUUCCCUGCUGGAAAUGCAGAGCCCUCUGCCGAUAUCUCAUUCAUUUCUAGUACGAGUGGCCGUCCUGUUCAGGGGGCAACCGUACGUUCCAGAUUCGAAUCAGCUUUGGCCCAGAUUCUCUUGGAGACAAUGCGUUGGCAAAGCCUAGUAAAUGGAAUGAUUGCGGCUCUCCCUGCGUCUGAUGCGUCUGAUGCACCGCAAUUCCACGUCCAGGCAUUCGGAAGCACCGCGGGCUCUCGCCUGGCUGAGGCAAUCGAAUCUGCUACCAGUCUCACUAGACAUCAGCCUUCUCCAAGUUCUGAUGUGCCAAAAUCAUCCUCGGGCCAAGCCGAUUCGUCCAAGAUUGCUAUCAUCGGAUAUUCCGGUCGAUACCCUCACGCUGAGUGCAAUGAGGAGUUUUGGGAUCUCCUCAUCCGUGGCCUCGACGUGCACGAAGUUGUGCCUGCCUUACAUUGGGAUGCACAGACCCAUGUCGCUGAGCCAGGACAGGCGAGGAAGAAUACAAGUGCCACACCGUUUGGAUGCUGGUUGCAGAAUCCAGCGGCAUUUGAUGCUCGAUUCUUCAAUCUCUCGCCCCGUGAGGCACCCCAAGUGGACCCAGCGCAGCGCAUUGCCCUUAUGACGGCGUACGAGGCAAUGGAGCGUGCCGGUAUGGUGCCAAAUGCGACCCCUUCUACGGCUAAGGAUCGAGUGGGUGUUUGGUAUGGUGUCACAUCCAACGACUGGAUGGAAACAAACACCGCACAGAACAUCGAUACUUACUUCAUCCCCGGUGGAAAUCGGGCAUUCAUUCCUGGUCGUCUGAAUUACUGCUUCAAAUUCAGUGGCCCCAGCUAUGCGGUAGAUACAGCAUGUUCUUCUAGUCUCGCGGCGAUACAUCUUGCUUGUAACGCUCUGUGGCGUGGUGAAGUCGACACAGCCAUUGCUGGUGGUACUAACGUACUCACAAACCCCGACUUCACAGCUGGACUGGACCGGGGUCACUUCUUAUCUCGGACAGGUAACUGCAAGACGUUUGAUGACACCGCUGAUGGCUACUGCCGAGGUGAAGGUGUUGGAACCGUCAUCCUGAAACGCCUUGACGACGCCCUGGCCGAUCGCGAUCCAAUUUGUGGAGUUAUCUUGAGUGCAUCCACCAACCACUCCGCUGAAGCCGAGUCUAUAACUCGUCCUCACUCCGGCGCGCAACAGGAACUUAUCCACGGUCUGCUUCGCACUGCCGGGGUUUCACCAUACAGCGUUAGCUAUGCUGAAAUGCAUGGAACUGGAACACAGGCCGGGGACGCUGGGGAAAUGAACUCCGUCUUAACCACUUUGGCUCCACCAUCUGUACCCUAUCGCACUGAGGAUCAGCCGCUGUAUCUGGGUUCAGCCAAAGCCAACAUUGGUCACGGAGAGGCUGCCUCCGGGGUAUCGAGUUUGAUCAAGGUCAUGCUGAUGAUGGAGCACAAUGCCAUCGCCCCUCACUGUGGCAUCAAAACUCGGAUCAAUCGUAAGUUCCCGACCGAUUUGGAUGAUCGCAAUGUUCGCAUUGCGAAGACGGCAAUACCUUGGACAUCCCAACAUGGAGAGCCUCGCCGCGUGCUUUUGAACAACUUCAGUGCUGCUGGCGGUAACACAGCACUGCUAUUGGAAGACGCACCACAGGUGCCAAGCAAUGAUGAGGCGAAGGAUCCCCGAACUCGCCACCUCUUGGCCAUCUCAGCGAAAUGUGCUUCCUCUCUCGAGGCCAAUGUAAAGUCGCUGUUGAGUUAUAUUGAAGAUGCCGGAGAGGGCAUUUCCUUGUCGCAUCUGGCAUACACGACAACAGCCCGACGCAUGCAUCACCCGCACCGUGUGAUUGUGCAGGGCUCCAAUCUCACAGAUGUUCAACAGCAGCUGAGAUCUGCUCUGUCACGCGGCGAUGGAGCCAACCGACCUCCUGUAGCGCCCAAGGUCGUCAUGGCGUUUACCGGACAGGGAAGCCAAUUCGUGGGAAUGGCGCGACAGUUGUACACAUCGCUGCCACCAUUCCGUGCUAGUUUGCAACUCCUCGACCGCAUGGCCCAAUCCUUAGGCUUUGACAGCUUCCUGCCAUUCAUCGAGGAUGAUUCCGAUUCCAACCUCAAGAGGUUCUCGCCAAUGACGGCGCAGCUAGCGAGCGUUUGUCUUCAGAUUGCCUUGGCUCGGCUAUGGGCAUCUUUCGGAGUUGUCCCUGAUGCGGUGGUCGGUCAUAGUCUGGGCGAGUAUGCUGCUUUGAAUGUAGCCGGUGUUCUAUCAGACGCCGACACCGUCUUCCUGGUAGGCAAGCGCGCGCAACUACUCGAAGAGCAUUGUACCUUGCAUACCCACAGCAUGCUAGUGGUACGUGCUUCUGUUGAAACCAUCCAGUCCGCUCUGGCUGGUCUGGAAUAUGAGAUAGCAUGCAUCAAUGCGCCCGAAGAGACAGUUUUGGCCGGGCCCAAUGAUCUGAUUGAGAGCCUCCAGCAAACCCUGUCGCAGUCAGGAGUGCGAUCAAAGACAAUUCCUGUCUCGUACGCUUACCAUUCUGCUCAAGUACAACCGAUCUUGGAAGAUCUUGUUCAAGCAGCUCAGCCGAUUGUGUUCAACACUCCUUCCAUUCCUGUCUUGUCGCCACUGAUGGGAGAUGUUGUGCAGGCGGAUGGAACAUUCGGACCGGAAUACCUCCAGCGCCACUGUCGUGAGACAGUUAACUUCCACCAGGCGAUUCAAUCUGCACGAACUGCCGGCAUCGUGACUGAUCGGACCCAAUACCUCGAGGUCGGCCCCCACGGAGUUGUCUCGGGCCUGAUCAAGGCCUGCUCAAAGACAACUCAAACAAACGCGUCACCCACCUUGCAGCGAGGUCGCGAUGACUGGGAGAGUCUGGGUGAGGCAAUGUCAAGCCUCUAUAGAGCCGGAUUGGAUAUUGCUUGGCAUGAGUAUCACCGGUCUUUCCCAGCGGCACAGCAGGUGCUCCGCCUCCCAGCAUACAACUGGAAUCUGAAGAAUUACUGGAUCCAGUACGUGAAUGACUGGUCAUUGCGAAAGGGAGAUCCGCCAAUCAUUCAGUCUGCUCGCUUGGAUGACUCCACCACUGUCCACAGGGUCGUCGAGGAAAGCAAAGACUCGAUCGUGGUGGAAUGUGACCUAUGUCGUGAGGAUUUGAGUCCAAUUGUGCAAGGCCACAAUGUAGACGGAAUUCCUCUUUGUACGCCGUCUGUAUACGCGGAUAUUGCAUUGACAGUUGGCAACUAUCUACGCGACCGUCACCAAGUCAAAGACGUCGAAUCUGUGGUCGAAAUAGCAGAUAUGACUAUCAACAAGGCUCUCAUCGCAAAGUCCAGUGGCACACAUCUUUUGCGUGCCUCUGUCACCGUUGACUGGGAGGCUGGCAGCGCCAUGUGUCGAUUCCUAUCCCUCGAUUCAAAGGGAGAGCCCACAAUAGAGCACUCGCAUUGCACCAUCCUGCUUUCAAGCCCUAGUCGUCGGGCUGCGCUUGAAGCAGAGAGAACAGCUGUCCAGAAGCGGAUGCGCGACAUGCGUGUUGGCCUGGAACCUGGAACUACUCAGCGCUUCAACCGGGCCAUGGUUUACAAAAUGAUUCGCCCCCUGGCUGAAUUCCACCAGGACUACCGCACAAUCGAGGAAGUGCUCAUCGAUAGUAAAACACUCGAAGCAUCCGCCAAAGUCUGCUUCUCUGAGGUACAAGCCCCUGGUAAAUUCCACACCCACCCAUCCUACCUCGAUGGCUUGGCUCAGUCUAGUGGCUUUGUGAUGAACUGCAAUGAUGAUGCCGAUCUUGACAAGGAGGUUUUCGUCAAUCAUGGAUGGAAGGGUCUGCAGCUAUAUGAGCCUUUGCGGCCAGAUGCACACUAUAGUACUUUUGUGCAGAUGGUGGAAGGAGAGAGUCGCAUGUUUGAAGGCGAUAUGAUCAUCCUAGAUGGGGAUAAGGUCGUCGCGAGCUACCGAGGCUUAGUAUCCCAAGGAGUCCCUCGACAUGUGCUGAGGUAUGUUCUUUCAAUGGAAAGCGGCGACAAAGCCCUUAUAUCCUCGGCAAAACAAGCUCUUGUGCGUUCUGCAAAGCAGGCGCCCAAGCCGUCAGCAGCAGCACCAAUUGCAUCAGCUCCAGUGUCUUUGAAGCCUGUUGUGAAAGCAUUGCCGCAAACACCCGCACAGGUACCUGUAUUGCAAAGCAGCUCAUCCUCUAUUGUGGCUUCUGCGUUGCAGAUCAUUUCAGAGGAAAGUGGGGUGGCGCUCGCGGAGCUGGAAGACGCUUGUGUCUUUGCGGACAUGGGGCUUGAUUCUCUCCUUUCUCUCGUCAUAACCAGUCGAUUCCGCGAAGAGUUGCCUGUUGAUGUGCCCGUUGAAGGAUUCUUCAUAACCUAUCCGACCGUGGCUGAGCUGAAGUCAUUCCUCGGGCAACAUGAGAGCACCAAUUCACCACAAGUCCAUGUCCUGCCUGUGGUAGCCCCCAUUGCUGCCAUGGCUAUUCCUAUUCCACAGGCUGUGGUCGCGUCCAGCCCUUCUAGCUGGACAACCGCGCUUUCUAUUAUCUCCGAAGAAAGCGGUAUCAGCAUUUCUGAGUUAACCGACGACUGUAUAUUCGCUGAUAUGGGGAUUGACUCGUUGCUAUCAUUGGUAAUCGUCAGCCGAUUCUCCGAGGAGUUAGAGAUGGAUAUUGCACUUGAAUCCAUCUUCACUGAUUAUCCGACCGUGGGCGAAAUUAAGGUCCUGUUCCUAGGAGAUCAGCCCAGCAGCGACGAUACCACUUCGGCGCCAAGCUCAGUCGACGGCAACAAUGCGACUCCAUCCUCUGAGACAUCUGGCUUCUUCAUUCCAGAAGAAGACAAUGAUAUGAAGUCCACAAGGCUUCCUGUGCCAGAGACUACCUCAGUUGUGCUGCAGGGAAGUCCUUCCAAGGCGGAAAAGACUCUUUUCCUCUUCCCCGACGGUGCUGGAUCAGCCACAUCCUAUGCAGGGAUUCCUCGCGUUGACGGGAGUGUCUGUGUCAUAGGCCUCAACUCUCCAUACCACCGACAACCUCAUCUCUUCGACUGCACAGUCGAUGAUCUGAUCAAAAGCUACGUUGUUGAGGUUCGUCGGCGUCAGCCCAACGGCCCAUACCACUUCGGAGGAUGGUCGGCGGGCGGGAUUCUGGCCUACCGUGCUACCCAGAUGAUGAUGGAGGAGCUUCAUGAAACCGUUGCUAGCCUGGUUCUGAUUGACAGCCCUGUGCCCCGAGGUCUGGACCGUCUCCCUCAACAUUUCUAUGACUAUUGCAACAAGGUGCAUCUUUUCGGAGGUCAAGGUGCCGGAAAGACGGCAAAGGCGCCGGAAUGGCUAGUUCCACACUUCAAUGCCACCAUUGACACUUUACACGAGUACCACGCAUCUCCACUGCUACAAGUUGACGGACAAGUCCCGCGUGUGUCGAUGAUCUGGGCUUGUGAUAGCGUGAUGGAUGGUGCGGAUAUUCCGCGGCCACCUUCUUGUCCCGAGGACACGGAAGGGAUGAAAUUCCUUACAGAAGCCCGGACUGACUUUUCCGACAACGGCUGGGGGACGCUCUUCCCGGGUUCUUCGCCCCGUAUUGAGCGGGCGCAUGGAGCUAACCAUUUCACUAUGAUGAGGGGGAGUUUGCACCGAAGCUUGCUUCUUUCAUUCGCGAGUCACUGUGAAUUUCUUGUUAUUAUUUUGGCGUUAAUGGAAUGA